AUGGUUAGGAGCACCGCUAGGAGCGCUGCCACGCGGAUCUGUCGAUGCUCGGAAUGUCAAAAGACCCCUGGAGGGUACAAGGAGGUUGGUCGGGAAACACAUCGUCUCCACGCCCUUCGAUAUCCUCCCGCAGUAGAUCCUCCAGCAGGGCAACAUCGACAACGUACUCCCUUGUCACCCCUGCCUGCCUCCCAAUACUCAGCAAACGCUGCACCGCCCGAUUCGCCUCUCGGCUUUGGAGACUUCCAGGGAGACGGUUCGGAAGGAUCGGAUUUUGGCUACGAAGAAGCGGCCUCAGUCUACAGAGACGACGGAUCCGAUGGAUUCAGUCAAGGGCUAGGUUACGACGAUGCUCAGAUCGAUGACCCUCGGUUGCCAUCCCCAGACGAUGCGGAUAUGGAAUACUGGGACUCAGACAAUGACGAGGACGAAGACGAAUUUGAAGCUAUCGACCCGCCCGAAUUCACCCCUCCUCCCGAACUUCCUCUCGACCGAUGGAUAGCCCCGCAUCCCGGCGCCUAUCCUGUCCUUACCCUCCCCUCUAUCGACAAGCACCACGAUCUCACGCCAGCCCAGCGCCACAUAUACACAACGGUUGCUUUCGCCCGGUCGACAGGCAUGCCAACCAGGGCUUAG